UGCUAUCCCGGAGACGCAGAGGUGUCCCAAGAUUAUCAUGUGGGGAACUCGCAGAUGCUUCUACGACUCCGUAGUGUAUAUUUGGCCGAACAAAGACGUGCGAGAACGAAGAGAGGCAUGCAGCGCCGGAGCAGCACAAUAAUUCGCCUAUUUACGCGUACCACGGAGACAACGCAUCGCUUGCUGCUAUCUGAUUGAUCAUUCGAGGAGGCCGAAACCACCAAUGCUCAGCGACCGCAUUCGACUGGCAGCCCACCUCUGAAGCUUUGGCGUUUCCGACAAGUGAGCAGUUCCUGUGUGCGCACGAGUUGAAUAUCGUCGAGAGCCAACGAUGGCUGCGCGGGGAACCUCUCUGCGCGACAAGCAGAUUGCUUCUAUCAAGAAGAUUCUCAACUUAAACGAGCCCCUCGAAGCAACCGAGAAUGACGACACGUCUUCCAGUGGUUUAUCUGUGCCCGCUGCGCCUAUAUCGAAAGAUGGUACCCCUAUCUGGAAGCUUCUUGUGUUUGAUGAUCUCGGACGGGAUGUAAUCAGCCCAGUACUUCAGGUGUCGGACCUCAGGUCGAUGGGCGUGACAAUGCACAUGCACAUUGCUUCCCAGAGGGCCGCCAUUCCCGAUGUCCCCGUAAUAUACUUGGUCGAGCCGACACCAGCGAAUUUGCAGGCGAUCACAAAUGACCUCCAAAAGGGACUUUACAGCUCUGCCCACCUCAACUUCCUCUCCUCGAUACCGCGACCCCUGUUGGAGGACUUUGCCGCGCAAACGGCUGCUGCGGGUACCUCUGAACAGAUCGCACAAGUGUACGAUCAAUAUAUCAACUUCAUCGUCACCGAACCAGAUCUGUUCAGCCUCGGCAUGCAGAAGGAGCAUACAUACUGGGCCUUGAACAGUGCGAAAACAAAAGAUGAGGAGCUGGACCGUGUGAUAGACCGAAUCGUCAGCGGCCUAUUCAGCGUGGUGGUGACAUCGGGAGUGAUACCUAUCAUUCGCUGCCCUAGAGGUGCUGCAGCCGAGAUGAUUGCAGCCAAACUUGACCGCAAGCUUCGAGAUCAUGUGGUUAAUUCCAAGGACAACCUCUUCUCAUCACAAGCGCGAUCCGGCCCUUCAGCCGCAGGAACGCCCACCUCCAGACCUGUUCUCAUCAUUCUUGAUCGUAACGUUGACCUGAUACCCAUGCUGUCUCACUCCUGGACAUACCAAAGCCUUUGUUUUGACAUCUUCAAGUCCGAGUUGAACCGCAUUACUAUCGAAACCCCCGUCGAUUCCAGCAAUCCAGCGAAAGGGGUCUCGAAGAAGACAUAUGACCUCGCCGCCAACGAUUUUUUCUGGGCCAAAAAUGCAUGCUUGCCAUUUCCACAAGUCGCUGAAGAUAUCGAUGCCGAGCUCACGAAAUACAAGGAGGAGGCGGAGGCUAUCACGAAAAAGACGGGAGUCAGCAACUUCGAAGAUCUUCAGCAUGACACGAAUGCAAGCGCGCAGCACCUGAAGGCGGCCAUUACCCUUCUCCCAGAACUUCGAGAAAGGAAAGCGACGCUCGACAUGCACAUGAACAUCCUCGCCGCGGUCUUGGGGGAGAUCCAGAACCGCCAGUUGGAUAAUUACUUCCAAUUGGAAGAAAAUGUUAUGAAGCAGAGCAAAGCGCAGAUGUUGGAGUUGAUCAAGGCGGACAACAAAGGCCAACCAACAGAUAAGCUCCGAUUGUUUGUGAUUUGGUUCCUCAGCACCGAGCAGGACGUGUCUCGACAAGAAUGGGCGCAGUUUGAAGAGGCCUUGGAGGCAGCGGGAUGCGACAAGACAUGCCUGGCAUAUAUCCGACAAGUCCGAGCAACCACCAAGAUGACACAGCUCACCACCGUCACUAACCAAGCGGCGGCAAGUCAGCAACAGUCCGGAUCUUCAGAUCUUUUCAACCGCUUCUCGGCUAUCUCAACCCGUCUCACAGACCGGCUCAAAGAGACGGGCGUUCCGACCAAUGCGUUGACAUCCAAUGUUGCCUCUCUUCUCGGCGGGAUCAAGAACUUCCUGCCUGCCGACAAGGACCUCACUGUUACCAAGAUCACCGAAUCAAUUAUGGACCCGUCGAGUGCGAGUACAUCGGCUAUUGCCAAGACCGAGAAUUACCUCUACUUUGACCCCCGGAGCGCGAAUGCGCGGGGCACCAUGCCUCAGCCAUCAGCACUGCGGGCGGGAACAGGCGGAGCCACGGCGCCGGGUGGACUCCCUGGGUCGGCGCUUGGCGCACCGAUGGCCGGGACUGGGGCCACCUUCGGCCAGCGGAGACAGGGCUUCUCGGAAGCCAUUGUGUUCAUGGUCGGGGGCGGAUCUAUGGAUGAGUAUGGCAACUUGCAGGAGUGGGCUGCCCGCACGGCUGGCGGAGAUCGGGCCAAGAGAAGGGUCAUCUACGGCGCCAGCGAGCUAAUCAAUGCCGGGCAGUUUAUCAAGGAGGAGCUGAACAAAUUGGGAAGGGAGAUAUCUUGAAACCUUGGGCUCAACGGUGGGAUGCCCACAAUUACGGAUAGCUUGUUACUGCGUCCUGCUCUGCAGAAACGGAUGGACUCAGCCGAAGCACCCCCCGCAAUCUUAAGCCUAAUCACAUCGUGGAACGACACAAGCCGAAACGUGAACUACUUGUUUAUGCCAUGGCUGCCAGGUAGUGAAUGGGCGCAGUCAAAACAACGCCUCGACAGCCCCUGUGCGCGUAGCAUCGCAAGUGAGCCCGUCACAACUCUCACAAUUUCUACGCUGAUCCAAUGCGAACAGACCGAGCAACAGUCAAAAUACCCAUUCAAAUCUGG